AUGAGGGCACACUUUGAGUCCCAAACUUUCUGUCUGAAGCAAAUGCUGGAAGUCCAAGAUGGUAUCGUUAGCUCAUAUACGCCACAAGCGGGCUUGGAUGAGGAGGUUAAAAGGCGCUUCUGGGAGGGAGUGGAUUUCAAUGAUCAUAUUGGGUCGACUACUGGUGGCUAUGGUGAGGUGCAUGGAGGCUUCGACUUUGGGGAUAGGAACGGAGGAGGUACUUCGUUGUUGGAUUUUGCUAAGGUAUUUGAGAUGGUGAUUGCGAACUCUAGCUUCUCGAAGAGGGAGGAGUAUUUGGUCACUUUCCAAAGUGCGGUGGCGAAGACUCAGAUUGAUUAUCUUCUUCUCGGGAGGUAUGAUAGAGGGUUGUGCAAGGAUUGCAAGGUUAUCCCGGAUAAAGCUCAGGAGUUGGAGGGAAGGUUAUCGGUUAUUGGAGCCUGGAGGAGUUGCGUCCAGGUUAUCGGUUAUUGGAGCCUGGAGGAGUGGCGGGGACGCAAGCGCUAUGUGGACGAUGACGGCGAGGCAGCGAGAGAGGUGUUAGGGGUCUUGAAGGGUUUCUCUGGCGGGCAUAAAGAGGCUAAGACUGCAGCGUUUGGUCAUCUAUACGAGGAACUGGGGAACAAAGGCAGAGAAAAGAAGUUAUUCCGGCUGGCCAAGGCUAGAGAGAGGAUGACUCAAGAUCUGGACCAAGGGGACCAGGAUAUUACGCUAGGUGAAUUGGGGCAUUCUGAGGGUCACCGAGACUUUGGGUACUGUAGGCGCAUUAAGGUUGAGGAGGUAGUGGGGGCUAUGCGUAAGAUGAGUAAGGGAAGAGCUACCGUGCCAGACAAAAUUCCGGUAGAAUUCUGGAAGUAUAUGGGUAGAGCAAGCUUGGAGUGGCUGACGGGGCUAUUUAGUGUUAUUUUUAGGACGAAGAAGAUGCCGGAUGAGUGA